AGGAUGGAGUUCAGUCCACUCCCUGUGAUGCUCUUGCUGACUUCACUGAUACCACUGACACAUGCUCAAGGGAGUUCUAAAGCGGUGGUGUCCAUAAAGCCUGAUACACAUGUGUACACUUGUGAGAGAGUUAUUCUCAGAUGUGACCUACAGAGAGGAGGAGGAGACUCUGGGUGGAUAUACAGCUGGUAUAAGAAUAAUGACAGGCUCUAUGUGAAUAGAGAUAGAUUCAGUGCAGACAGCACAAUGCAGGAGGUCACUAUCAGUUGUGUUAUAAAAUCUGACCGUGGUGACUACACCUGCAGAGGACAGAGACAUGACUCUCAGAGCUCAGAGAUCAGUGAUGCUGUUACACUGGCUGUAUCAGAGACACCACAGCCAGUACUGAAAGUAUCUCCACAGACAUGGCUGACUGAAGGAGACUCAGUGACUCUAAGCUGUGAGGUUACAGACUCCUAUACAGACUGGACAUUCAGCUGGUACAGAGAUGUUCCAUACAGUGACAAUAAUGGCCAUUUCAUAUAUAGAGCGGUGCUCCUCUCAGACAGCAGCAGAGGAUCUGGAGGCAACUACACUCUCAGUCCUGCUGCUCUUAACCACACAGGAGUUUAUGUGUGCAGAGGAGAGAGAGAAGAACGAGCCUUUCACACAUAUUACAGCAAUCUACAGCCACUAUGGAUCACUGGUGAAUCUCCUCCAGUCUCUCUGAUCAUCAAUCCCAGCAGAACUCAACACUUUACUAAUGACUCUCUCUCACUGAGCUGUGAGGACCAGAGUAACUCUACUGGAUGGACAGUGAGACAAUACACACACAAAUGGGGAUUGUCAAUUUGUUCACAAUCGGGAUCAGUUACAGCAUCUACAUGUAAAAUCAGCUCACUCUCCACAUCCCACACUGGAGUUUACUGGUGUGAGUCUCAAUCUGAAGAAAACAGUAAUCCUGUCAACAUCACAGUGUAUGCGCCAGGCCCAUCACGUGUAGAAGCUCCAUCCUCAGUGCUCAUGCUGAUCAGUAGUGUAGUGACGGCCGCUCCAUAUUUGCUGGUGACCAUCAUUCUGCUGGUCAAAUGUUACAGAGCUCGAGCUCACACUGAAGACAGAAUCAAGAAUGCAGUCAUAGAGGAGUGAGCAAAGUUCAUCUAAGAGAAUGCACUGGUGGAUGCUUUGGUGUUUUCUUUAAGGUUAUGUUGGGAUUUUAAAAUAAUAUUGACUUGUUCUAAUGUAGCACAAUAUCUUACAGCCAGCCUUUUUGUUUUGACUGGAUUCAUUUAGCUAAAGCUUGUGAAUGUUGCUACUGCAAAGUACUGAGUAAUCUGAGCAAGUAAAAUAGUCUUAAAAAAAUAAAAAUAAAGAAAAAAAGAUUUUGGGCAAGCUAAUGCUUUUGAUUUAGUAUGUGAGGAUUGAGCUGUGCUUCAGCUGAAAACCUGCAAAAAGCCUAAAUGUGUCUGCUGUUGGAAUGAAUUGAAUCCCAAUAUGGGGACCUGCACAUUAAAAACUCAAAACAUUUCAUGUAACAUUUCUGAUAAAAAGCUUGGUGUGCACUGUUGAGAGCAGCCUUGAGAUGUGUUUUUAUAUUUGUUUAACUUUAAUUGUAGUUAUGUGAGAUUUGUGGACGUAAUGAUUCGAUAAAUUAAAUUCAUCAUUAUCAAUUCACAGAAUUAUGUAACCUGGUUGCAAUGUUGUAUCAUAUGAAGUACAAGUAAUACACUGGGAAAACUCUGAAUAACUACUCUUGCACCUUUUUAAAUAUUAGCAUUUUCACCAUUUUGUAUUUUUAUAUAAAAUAUGCAUUUAUAUUGAUUUUUUUAA